CCGGUCCCACUCCCUGCAGGAGGCGGCGGCGCGGUGUUGUGACGUCACUGUCGUGCGACUGCCUGACCGACGACGACAGAGAGAAAAGAGCGCGACCCGGUGACCAGGGAGGGGAUGAGAGGACGCGGGGGAGCCUGGAGAGCAGCAGCGGACGUCCCCCCACGAUGAGGCACACCCCAGUCCAGCGCCCCUUUGCCAGCCACUUCCUGCCUCCCGGGAAGCACGAUAAGCUGUUCAGCAUCCAGGAAGAUGGCUGCUGGGAGACGGAGGAGUCCCCCCAACUGAAGACCACAUGCAGGCAGCCCCCACGACAGCGGCGAGGGCGGAGACAGCGGCUGCGCGUGUUGCGUUCUCUGUGCAUGCGCCUCUACAAGAAGACAAUCUCGCUGCCCUUCUACUGGAAGAUAUGGGGCAGUCUGGGGGGCCGCAGGAGACGUUUAGGUGCCAGGAGGAGGGAAGGAGGAGGCGGCUCAGCCGGGAUGGAGGUGGGAAAAGCACAACGCCUGGGACCUAUGGAGGAGCCGUCACUGGCCAAUCACAUUGCUGAAGAGGAUGCCGGUCCAACGCUUGGACUUCCCAACGGUUUCUCCCCUCUCCCCUUGGAGUCUGAGACCAUCCUCAUCAGCAACGUGUGCAGCAUCGGGACACCGGACGGUCCUACCCCAAAUGGACCCCACAACCAAGGAGGCUUAACCCUAUCUGUAGAGAAGGAGGUCCCGGCCCCAGCGUUAACCGAGGAGCAUGUGGCCUGCGUGCAGAGUAUCCUGGACCAGUUCCUCCAGACGUACGGCAGUCUGAUUCCACUGGGGACGGACGAGGUGUUGGACAAGCUUGAGGAUGUGUUCCAGCAGUCAUUCUCCACCCCCUCCAGGAAGGCGGUCGUCCAGCACGUCAUCCAAUCGUAUCAGCGUCUGCCCGGGAACAACCUGGUGCGCAGCUUCCGUGUUACAUACAAGAGGCAUGUGCUGAGCAUGGACGACCUGGGGACGCUGUAUGGUCAGAACUGGCUCAACGACCAGGUGAUGAACAUGUAUGGAGACUUGGUAAUGGACGCAGUGCCAGAGAAGGUUCACUUCUUCAACAGCUUUUUUUAUGACAAACUAAGAACAAAAGGAUAUGACGGAGUUAAGAGGUGGACAAAAAACGUUGAUAUAUUCAGUAAGCAGCUGCUGUUGAUUCCCAUACACCUGGAGGUUCACUGGUCUCUGGUCUGUGUGGACGUCCCUAAGCGGACCAUUACUUAUUUCGAUUCCCAGCGCACCCUGAACAGGCGCUGCCCCAAGCACAUAGCCAAAUAUCUGCAGGCUGAAGCGAUAAAGAAGGAGCGACCGGAGUUUUUCAGCGACUGGAAGGGAUACUUCAAGAUGAAUGUUGCGCGCCAGAAUAACGACAGCGACUGUGGGGCAUUCGUGCUGCAGUACUGCAAGUUCCUCGCCUUGGAGCUCCCGUUUACAUUCGGGCAGCAGGAUAUGCCAAAACUGCGGCGCCAGAUGUACAAGGAGCUUUGUCACUGCAGGCUGACGAUGUGAAAGAAGAUGUUACGUGAAGCGUCUGGACUGAGCCAGGAUCGUACAGUCUCCUAGAGGGUCCCUCUGCCAUGUGUAACUGCCCGCUCCAUGUCUGCACUGUGGACAGCCUCCGCAGUGGCCUCAACCCUUCAGGGGCAAUCUGGAGCUUUCACUUGUAAAUUGAUUUGUGGAGUUCAGAGGUUUUUUUUUUUUUUUUUUUAAACACCUCCCAAGGUCCAUCCUGACCCCUGCUCCUCCCCGCUUUUUACCCGCAGACUGUCCUGGUCUGCGUCCAUCCAACCGGUUUCACCCUUCUAAAAAGUAACAGGCCCUCUUUGUGUCUUAUAUAUUUUUUUUUCUCUUUUUGUAUUUUUUUUUUUUUUUAUUUAAACUGUUUCUGGGGAAAAAAAUUUGUAGGAUUUUUGUUUUUUGUCAAAAAACA